AUGCUCAUUGAGGAGUGUAGUGCCAUAAUACAAAAGAAGCUCCCCCAGAAAUUGAAAGAUCCUGGGAGCUUCCAAAUCCCCUGUAUCAUUUGGGAUAUAAACAUUGAGAAGGAAGUAUGUGAUUUAGGAGCCAGCAUCAACCUCAUGUCCUUAGCCAUGAUGAAAAGGAUGAGGAUAGAAGAAGCAAAACCUACAAGAAUGGCCCUUCAACUAGUAGAUAUGACCUUCAAAUUUCCCUAUGGUGUGGUGGAGGAUUUGUUGGUAAAAGUGGGAGAGUUUAUCUUCCCAGCUGAUUUUGUUGUGCUUGAUAUGGAAGUAGAGGCCAACACAUCAAUCAUCCUAGGAAGGCUAUUCCUAGCUACUGCUGGAGCCAUAAUUGAUGUUCAAAAAGGAGAGCUAGUCUUAAGAUUACAUGAAGAGAAGAUGGUCUUCAAUGUCUUCAAGGCAAUGAGCUACCCCAAGGAAUCCAUCAGAGAAUGCAUGAUGGUGAACACAAUUGAAAAUCUAGUUCAAGGAGUCCUAGAGGAAGAACAAUGUGAAGAAAUCAAAGAGCAAGAUCAACAAGCCUCGGAUUGCAAGAUUGUCCCUGAUGAUGAGGGUGAUGAUGAUGCUGAUCCUCCCCCUGUGUCCUCUACCAAAGUGUCGACCUCUUCUGCUCCUCCGGUUGCACCUGUUUCGGAUUGCUAG